AUGAGGCUCUCAUCUAUUGCUUUAGCCAUCUUUGCUCUAUUCUCAACCGGCCUCGCCGACAAAACCUGCACACCCAGCUUCGAUUAUUGCUCCGACAUCCUGAUCAAAUCCAAAGGCUUUACCGAGGCGGAUUUGAAAGAUGUUUUGAAAGGGACUGAUUUGGAGAAUGAGCCCCUCGAGAACGUUCUUUUUCACUGUAAGAAUCCUGGUAUUGUGGGCCAUCCCCAGCUCUGCUCGAGCGGAUGCAAGGACUCUGAGCAGGAAGGCAGCCACAAGUGUGAUGGCUAA